CCUGACGGCUCUUAGUGCUCGGUGCAGUUUUUUUUCGUGACUCCUGUUUAGUUUGGUUAGGAUUGGCUGGCAGUGAACAGUCAGCGGUCGUGAGCUCAAGUCGCAAGUGAACGAUCCUGUUUGUUUCAAAGAAAUGUGCAGCCAACAGUUGCCCUGACAAAAGAUCCUUUCGUAUGCAACAAUUGGCUCGCUGUGGACCACACACCUGGUAGUGCAGAAAAAAGGGAAGAAUGGUGUAAAGGAGUGAAGUGUCUUGAUUGCUACUGACACUGAAGUGACCAUUUACAGAGACUGCAGACAAUCUAACAGUUAUUAGUGCAACCAUUUUCCAAAAUGCCUUUUUUUGGUAAACGUGAUAAAGAUAAGGAGUCCAGUAAGAAGAGCACUAAUCUCUUGAAAAAAGAUGAUAAAUCCUCACCAUCCCUGGAAGAUAGAUAUGAACUGAAAGAUCUCCUUGGAACGGGCGCUUUCUCUCAAGUGCGACUGGCGGAAUCGAAAACGGAAGCGGGCAAACUGUUUGCUGUCAAAAUCAUCGACAAGACGGCGCUAAAAGGCAAAGAAGACUCGCUAGAGAACGAGAUCAAAGUUCUACGAAGGCUCAAGCACCCCAACAUCGUCCAGCUGCUGGAGACGUACGAAGACAAGAGCAAAGUCUACCUGGUCAUGGAACUAGUGACAGGUGGUGAGCUGUUCGAUCGCAUCGUCGAGAAAGGAUCGUACACUGAAAAGGAUGCAGCUGAUCUGAUGCGACAAGUCUUGGAGGCCGUCGACUACAUGCACGAGCAAGGAGUCGUUCAUCGUGAUCUAAAGCCGGAGAAUUUGCUCUAUUAUUGUCCAGACGAAGACAGCAAGAUAAUGAUCAGCGAUUUCGGCCUGUCCAAAAUGGAGGAUUCCGGUAUCAUGGCGACUGCGUGCGGCACUCCCGGUUAUGUCGCUCCCGAGGUGUUGGCGCAAAAGCCGUACGGCAAAGCCGUUGACGUCUGGAGCAUCGGGGUCAUCUCGUACAUCCUCCUAUGCGGCUAUCCGCCCUUUUACGACGAGAGCGACGCCAAUCUCUUCGCACAAAUCCUGAAAGGUGAAUUUGAAUUCGACUCUCCGUACUGGGACGACAUCAGCGAUUCUGCCAAGGAUUUCAUCCGCCGGCUGAUGUGUGUCGAUGUCAACAAGCGUUAUACCUGCCGCGAAGCCCUCCAACAUCCAUGGAUAUCUGGCAAUGCCGCCAGCACCAAGAACAUCCACAGUUCCGUGUCGGAACAAUUGAAAAAGAAUUUCGCCAAGUCUCGAUGGAGGCAAGCGUACAAUGCGACGGCCGUCAUUCGCCAGAUGAGGCAUUUGGUAUUGGCCAGCAGCAGCCGGUCGACGUUGAGCAGCGGCGAGGACAACAAUUCUUCCAGCGAUCGCGAGCUGGAUGAUCAACCGCCCCGUCCCAAGCCCGUCUCUACGGCAGCAGCCAACGGACGUCCAGCUCUCUAGCUAGAUCACAAGCCCUCCUCCCCCCCCCCCAAAAAAAAAAAAAGAUCAAACCAGAUAACCAAUUUAAGAAUCUAUUUCGAAUUUUUUUUUUUUUUUUCUCCAACCCCUCCUUUAAUGAUUUUUCCCAGUACUUUGGUAAUCCAAUUACAAAGAAAAAGAAGAAGAAGAAGAAGAAAAAAAAAAAAAAACGAAAACGAAACACACAAAAAAUAGUAAUAAUAAAAAAUUUCAAAAUAAAAUUGGGGAAAAAAAAUGGUAUGAUAUUUGGGUUAUUUGGGUUUGUCUGUUUUUUUUUGGUUUUCUGAAUUUUUUUUUUUUUGGCUUUCUUAAUUAUACAGAAAGCCAUUUGAUUAGGGUUUUGUGGUUUUCCCCAGGUUUUUGUUUUUUUUCCCCCUAUUUCAAUUCGUUUCCCUAUUGUCUUCACUUUUUGAUCCUUUUGGUAUCGACGUGUUCCAAGUAUUGACUCGGUCAAUUUUUUCUCCCCAAACUUUCUACAUAUUUGAACAUUUUUGCUCUCUUUUUUCUCGCUCUCUAUUGUUCGCUCUCUAUCUCGUUAUUUUAUUUUUUUUUUGGAAUGACUUCUUUACAUUGAUUCCAGUUCAUUUUUGGAAAGGGGGGGGGGAUAGAUUGUGUUAACGGGUAUAUACAUAUAUUAUAAAAAAAAAUAUGCAUAGACUGUAAAAUGAGUUUGGGAUGCCCCCCCCCCCCCCCUCGCUUCGGGAGCCGAGUGAAUGACAAGUGGUAAAGUGUCAAGAAAAUGUGCGAUAAUCGUUAAUCAACUAGCCACACAUUGUCAAGUGCAUUGUGAAGGGAAAGGAAAACAACACAGCGAUUUAAAAAAGAAUAUCCAUUUUAUUUCAUAAGGUAAAUUUUGUUCGUUUCUCCACUACAUAAAUGAACGUCGAAGACGACGGGACAUUUGAAAAAUAAACUUUAAAGAAGACGU